AGCGGACUCUAGUGAAGUGUUCGGCCCUGGGCAGGGGGUGGACCAUAAGGUGCUCUGGCUCUGGGAGGACACACCUACCGACCAGAGACGGUCACUGUGCUGGCGUCCUCCAGGAGCCCCCACCCGGAGGACAUCGAAAUGAUACUGUGUGUUAACUCCUGGGGGACUCCUAGAAGAGGAAGAGCUGGACGCUUGAAGGACACAAGAGAAGAGCUCGCUACAGUGGUAUAGAACUGAGGACAGAGGUGGCAAGCAGCGGAUCUGCCUACUUGCACCAUGGCCGGCUGCCGCCACCACUCGGGAUACCUGGCGGAUGAUGAGGCUGGCCACAGCACACACAUGGCGCGGGUACCACCACCCAAGAAGCCACUGUUGCCAGAAAUGGGACCAGCCUUCAAGCUGGGUCGUGUGCCACACCCCCCAUUGGUGGAUGGCAGUUCAGCACACCAGAGCUACUACCAAACCUCUAAGAGACCUCAGCCUUUUGGCAGCUUCCUAGAUUUCCUGACAGAGGGCCAAGUACUGGACAAUUUGCAGACAGUAGUGGAAGAGGCAACCGAACGUGUAGCCACCAUGAAGACAGAGGCUGGGGUACCACUGGUGGAGGUGCAGGACUCCAUAGAAGUGCCAUGUGUGAAGCGGCAGGUGCGUGCCCGACCCAGCUUCAGCACUGUAAAGCGGCACCGUGUUCAGCCCAGCCUCUGCACUGGACACCACAAUAAUUACCCUUCCAGCACCAGCUCCAUGUCUGACUCCCAUAGCAGCCUCCCAGCUGGCUAUCUGGGUUCCCAUGGCCAGGACUGUGAUCUAGGUCCCCGAGGCUUAGGCUCACUGCCACCCAUGAAAGACAAACUCCUGCUGGAGAAAAACCUCAAGCGGCUGCUACGGCUGGAGAACAAAGGGAAAGGCUGGAGUCAUUCCUGUUCACAGAGGGACUCCCUGCUGUGGAACUCACUAGGCAGCCAGACAGGUAGCCACUGGACCCAGCAGCAGCCCCUGUCCUGGUUCUCAGGGUUGGUGGGCUCCAGCUCAGGGGCCUCCGAAGCAUCAGAAUUGAGACCUGGAGAACGGGAGCUGAUUUUCCUCAAAGGAAAGUUCAAAAAGGAGAAGUCCUUGCUGAGCCAGCCAGCAUCCUUUGACCUGCCUGGCUAUUGUGUUCUCCGUGAGCCCCAUCGUACCCUGGACUUCCUGGCCAAGCACCACCUCUUCCCUGCUCUGCAGAGCGUGGUCAGCCAAGCUGCAGACAAACUCAGGGCUGCCUGCUGCCAUGAUGGCUGCCCUCUUUUCCCCACCAACUCCCAGCUUGUUCAGGGGCUUUCAGGCUCCACACUCACUGAGGGGAAGGAGCCCUGUGAUUCUCUCCACACCACAGAUGCCAACCCCAUGUUACCUCACAGAAAAAGCAGGAGUGGAUUGAACUCUUCUGUAUCUAAUGCUCAAGGGGCCAACAGAGUCAAGCUCAAGAACUCCAACACAAAGAAGCCUCGUUCUUCCAGCUCGCCCAAGUCCGGUGCGUCCCACCUCUCCAACCCCUGUUUUGAGGAGAUCUUCAACUUCUUAGUGGAGCAGGCAGUGUCCUUGCUCACUCUCAAGUACAAGUAUGAGAACAACCUCAAUAAGCAGCUUGGCUUCAUCUCCUUCCCUGUCACUGAAGCUCUCAUGGGUCUCUUCCUGGGCUUCAAGAAGGUGAAGGGCUCCCACAUAGUUCUGUCCUCAGAGAUGGACUGGAACAGCCUGCUGCGCAAGCUGCAGGAGGCUGAACAGGUGCUGCAGGCCUCAAGGCAGGCCUCCCAGGCACCCGUCUCCCAAGCACCCGCCUCCCAGGCCAGCAGCAACUCUGCAAAGCCUGGCCACAACCGAGUCCACACCUCCCUGGUGGGAGUCUCCCAGCACAGCACAAAGUCUCCACCUAUUCAGCCUGUGCCAGCUACCAAAAGCAACCAGAACCAAGCCACAGAGCCUGGCAUCUCUCUCAUUGCUGACACAUCAACCGACCAGCUACUCAGCCCUUGGGAGUCAAUUACAGCUGAGAAACAGGCCUCUAAAAGCCUGUCACAGCCCAGGCCUUUCAUGUCCUCUGACCCGGGCAUGGGCUCCAGUCUCCCUGAGAAUUAUGAGAUGGUGAACACUGAGGACAAUGCUGAGGCUGAGGGCAAGGGUAACAAGGAGGACAAAGGUGAAGAUGUGGAUUCCUACAAGGAUAAGAGCAAUUACCAGGACCACCUGGACCCUGGACAGGAGGCCAUGAGCAGGUACUCUGUGGAUACAGGCCACGGUGAUCCCCCAUGACAUCCCUGUAAGUCACACUGAGUGCUCCAUUCCCUGCUUCUCCACCUGGUCUUAGCCAGCCACUUCCCUGAGCAGGGUCAGGAUAGGCUGAAUGUCUAUGAGGACCUCUG